AGCGGACGUUGUUUUCUUCCUUCUUGCAUAUUUUCCAAGAUAGCAAGGCAGCGUGGUCUUCUCUCCCAACGCGCGUCGACAUCAUAGGCCGGGUCCAGUCCGCAAAGACCACCAUUCGAACAAUCGCAUAUACCUCGCAUCGACCUCCGAGUAGCUUCCCCCGGCCAGCGCCCGCCCGAGACUGGGCACGGGCAUAUCGCUAUUUCGCAGAAUGAAGCCGAGACAUUCACAGACCAACAAAGCGGCCAUUCAGGUCAUAUGUCUUGGCUCAGGAGGAGGACCCAGCGAAGACAAUGUGACGGGCCUCUUGGUCCGGUCGACGGCUACUGAUUGGGCGCGAGGCUCGCUGCUGGCCGUCGAUGCUGGAUCACACCUUGCCGCCAUCACACGCAUCCUCGAGAAGAACCUCCCCAAUGAGGCACCCGCUCCGGAACUGCCUCCUCAAGACAUGGAAACGGAUGGUACCUCGUCUCCGACCUCAUCACCCCCGACUAGGAAUCCUAUACAGCCAAAGACGUUACCCGAGCCCAUCAUCUUAGACAACGGUCCUUUCGCCGGCCUUUCUCUCCCCCAUGCCUCUGCUCGCGCCAACGCAGCCCAUGUCGUACGCGCACACGUCUCGACCUAUCUGAUCACCCACCCUCAUCUUGAUCAUCUCGCAGGCUUUGCCAUAAACACAGCUGCCUUCCAUGCCACGUCGCGCCCCAAGAGACUGGCAGCCCUGCCAUUUACCGUCGAAGCCAUCAAGAGGCACAUUUUCAACGACGUGAUAUGGCCGAACUUGACCGACGAGGAUGGAGGUGUGGGCUUUGUCAGCUUCCAACGGUUAAGAGAAGGUGGCGAUAUCAUGGUUGGGACAGGAGAGGGCAGGGGAUACAUUGAGGUGUGCGAUGGUCUUGGUGUAAAAGGCUUCAAGGUCAGCCACGGCAACUGCAUGAAGGAACCUCAGCCGACCCGUUCGCAACGUGGUUCUCUAGGCAGUAUUUCGGAACCGGAUUACUCUGCAUUCAAGGGCCCGGAUCAUCGCAACUUGUCGAUACCCUACGUCUUUGGCACCCCGGGCGAGCAAACUCCAGGCCAGAGCUAUUACUCGCCCGGCGUACAAGGCAGGAGCUUCACCAGCGACCCGACACCACAGCAUUCGGUAGUGGACAGCACUGCCUACUUUAUCCGGGACUACGACACUUCGAAAGAAGUGUUGAUAUUCGGCGAUGUCGAACCGGACAGUAUUUCGCGUGUACCACGUCUUGCCAAUAUCUGGGCAGAAGCGGCUCCUAAAAUAGCCGAGGGGAUAUUGUCAGGAAUUUUCAUCGAAUGCUCUUAUGAUGAUAGUCAACCAGACGCGGUACUGUUUGGUCAUCUGGCACCGCGGCAUGUUGUUGCUGAGAUGAAGACACUUGCACAAAUGGUCAAAGACGAGAAGGCUGCCAGAGCUUUGGAUAGGGCCCAGCGAAAGCGAAAGCGCAGCUCGAACGGUCUGAACAUAACGAUGGACGACAUUACCGAUAAUAAGAAACGGAACAAGAGCGUCAUCACUAGGUCGUCUAGCAUGCAACCCCGACGCGGCAGCCUCCCUUUGAUGGUGCCUGAGGAGGAGUCGCAAGCCACUACGCCUGAUUAUGCCGGCACGGAGAGAAACACACCGGUACCGCCGGAUGCACCUCUUCAAGGCGUCAAAGUGGUCAUCAUCCAUGUCAAGGACACGAUGGAAGAUGGUCCACACGUAGGCGAGCGCAUUUUGAUGCAACUCAAUGAGCAUGCUGAUGCUCUCGAGAUCGAAGGAUUUGGCAAGCUCGGCUGCGAGUUUGUCAUUAGCAAGAGCGGAGAAGACUACUUUUUCUAGUCGAUAUUACUUUAUUGAACAAAGCAUAGUUGUAAUUACGAUUCGACUUAACUGGAGGGAUGCUGGGUCUCUGGUGGGGCAGUAUUGAAUAAGUUUCGAGGAUAAUGAGCAGCAGAUUGAAGGACCGGGCUGUAUGUAUAUCUGUACCUACCCUUCUUCACACGAGAUUCGCAACAUCUCUAUCACUUUCUUCCUUCUUCACUUCGCCCAAACUCGGCGAGAGUAAAUGAUGGCUGGAUGAAUCCAGGGAUGCUCUCAUCGAGUGGUUGAGGGGCUUGGCGGCCCUCACCCCGCUAAAGAACAAUGGUAAACGUCAGGAUUCAGCAAAUCCACAAGAGCCAAUUGUUUCCUUCUUCUCACACCACAUCAA